CUACAAGACCAGGUCUCCGUCACUCAGAACAAGGAGUUUGAUCCUCUCGGACCUCUGCCACAUGGAUGGGAGAAAAGAACGGACAGCAAUGGCAGAGUUUACUUUGUGCAUCAUCCAACACGGUCAACGCAGUGGGAGGACCCACGAACACAAGGGUUGUUGAAUGAGAAGCCGCUCCCAGAAGGCUGGGAGAUGAGGUUCACCGUUGAUGGCAUUCCUUACUUUGUCGACCACAACAGGAGAACCACCACCUACAUCGACCCUCGCACUGGAAAAUCCUCACUUGAAAAUGGACCUCAGAUCACCUACGUUCGAGACUUCAAAGCCAAAGUACAAUACUUCAGAUUCUGGUGCCAGCAACUGUCAAUGCCUCAACACAUCAAGAUCACGGUGUCCAGAAAAACCCUGUUUGAGGACUCAUUCCAGCAGAUAAUGAGCUUCAACAACGCUCAGGAUCUGCGAAGGAGGCUCUGGAUCAUCUUCCCUGGAGAAGAAGGCCUCGACUACGGGGGCGUCGCCAGGGAGUGGUUCUUCCUGUUGUCCCACGAGGUUCUGAACCCCAUGUACUGCCUGUUUGAAUACGCCGGCAAAGACAACUACUGUCUUCAGAUCAACCCGGCCUCCUACAUCAACCCCGACCACCUCAAGUACUUCAAGUUCAUCGGACGCUUCAUCGCCAUGGCUCUUUUCCACGGCAAGUUCAUCGACACCGGUUUCUCGCUGCCGUUUUACAAGCGCAUCCUGAACAAGCCGUUGGCCCUCAAAGACCUGGAGUCAAUCGAUCCCGAGUUCUACAAUUCCCUCAUGUGGAUCAAGGACAACGACAUCGAGGAGUGCGGCCUGGAGAUGUUCUUCUCUGUUGACAAGGAGAUCUUGGGGGAAGUCACCACUCAUGAACUGAAGCCAGGAGGAGGAGACAUCCAGGUUACAGAGGAGAACAAGGAGGAGUACAUCCGACUGGUGGCAGAGUGGCGGCUGUCCAGAGGAGUGGAGGAGCAGACGCAGGCUUUCUUUGAAGGCUUCAACGAGGUCCUCCCUCAGCAGUACCUGCAGUACUUUGACGCUAAGGAGCUAGAAGUGAUGCUGUGCGGUAUGCAGGAGAUCGACCUGGCAGACUGGCAGAGAAACACCAUCUACAGACACUACGCUCGCAGCAGCAAACAGAUCAUGUGGUUCUGGCAGUUCAUAAAGGAGAUGGACAACGAGAAGAGGAUGAGGCUGCUGCAGUUUGUCACUGGGACGUGUCGUCUGCCUGUCGGAGGUUUCGCCGACCUCAUGGGAAGCAACGGUCCUCAGAAGUUCUGUAUUGAGAAGGUCGGAAAAGAAAACUGGCUCCCUAGAAGUCACACAUGCUUCAACAGACUGGACCUGCCGCCUUAUAAGAGCUACGAGCAACUGAAAGAGAAGCUGAUGUUCGCCAUUGAGGAGACAGAAGGCUUUGGACAGGAGUGAGAGACACCCGGGGAAGCUGAAACUCUGGGUGCAGGAGUCUGAAGGAAUAAAAUUCACCAGUCAAAUCAGGGAGCCUCCUCAGAGCGGGAGGGUGUUUUGGGAGUUUGCACCCAUACAUGCAUGCGCCUCUAUGGUACUUCUACGGGAGCGUGUGCAAGAUCGUUGCCUGCAUGUCGUUGGGAUUUUUAGGGCGUCCGCCCGGCACACCGAGCUCCCAGCAGGCCUCUCAACGCCCGACUGGCACGAGGAAAAAUUUUGUAUCGUCGUAAACCAAAACACACAAGCUGCUCCUGUCUCUCAGAAUGUUUGCCAAAAUUACGCAUGGGAACCUGAAAACUCGCCCUCCGUGACAUCUGCUUACCAGGACUACAGUAGCGUCUCCUUUCCCUGCACGUGACCGUUUGAUGGCAGGUUGGUCAGAAGAGUCACCGGAUCACAGCGGUAAUGAAUUUAACACAAGAUCGAGGGGGUGUGUUGUUGUUUUUGUUUUGUUUGUUUAUUGGUUUUUCUUUAAAAGAAAGUUCCACCAAAAAAAAAAAAAAAAAAAAAAAGCCACUUUUGUUGUUCUAAUAUUCUUUGUUGGAUUAGGAAGAACCUCACAUUUUUGAUCUGGAUUUCUUUUUAUUGACUAAAGCGGACGAGUAACACGUGGCAGUCUAAGACGUUAGCUUUGACUUGGUGAGUUUCUAAAAAAAGUAGUGCUUCAAAUUAACGCAGAAAUAACAGACAAUCUUGGUGCUUCGGAGAGAUUUGGGAGACACGCCUGCUUUGUGUUCCUGGUGAUACAGUAUUUGAUCUGUGAAUCGAUUUAUGAUUGUGAAAAGUGUUGCAGCCUCCAUGUUUUAAACAAGUGGUGGAGCAGAACUUAAACUGACCCUAGUUUUAUAGGGCCAGAGUUUGCACGCCGUGAUGUGGAAUGGGACAUCAUGGAUUAGAGUGUUCUCCUAGAAACAUGUAAGUUAUUCAUCUUAGCAUCAGCUUUAAAGACAUUUCCCGUCUUUUAAUUCGUGGGACGACAAAAACAAGCUCCUAAAGAAGUCCUUUAGGCAUGAAUAAUGAUUUCUAAAGUGAAAAAACACCAAAACAAAGUCAAACCAAAUCAAUUUUUAAAAAAAUCUUAACAGGCAUUUUGAAUGAACACGUUAAAACAAAUCGCAUGUAGCUCUUCACACACACCAACAUGUAGCAUUUUGAAUUUGAGUGUCGGCUCUCUCGUCUUAUUUUGACUUUUUAAUGCUCAACAGAGUGAAUUAGAAGAAUUUAAAAAAUAUUUAUUUAACAUUUGGUCAAAGAAAGAUGCAGUAUUUAAAACUUUCGUCUUCCCUUUUUCCACUUAAAGGAGCGUUUUACCUCUGUUCCUGUUCCUGUCGGUUGUUUUUACUGAUGGAUUGAAAGUGAAACACUGACACGCGGUGAAAUCAUGUGGCCGAGGAUCUCUUGUUAAUUAUGGAUUCCAAAAACAGCUUGGAUUGAGAACAGAUGAAAGAAAACCUCCCGAUGCUUCACCCUGUGUCGAGUGUGUCUAGAAACGGGAUAGUUUAGCGUCACACACCUGAUCAGCAGUAGCACACUUAAAGAUGAUUAAACUACUAAUUUAUCUUGGAUGUAGAAUGCGGUGGGGGGUUUUGGAGUGAAGUUUAAAUACACACUGAGAAGAGAGGUGUGGUCAACUGAGAAACAGGUGAUGUUAGUCUGACAAAGCACAGCACUUUUAUUUUCUCGCAGCAUGUGAGGCAUCCAGCGGUGUCUGUCAUUAGCCUUCAGGUAGCCUUAUUUCCACCCGUAGACAUCAGGUAUUCUUUAUAACCGGUUUCCCGCACGGGUUGCUUUCAUUAUAAGUUAAUACUCUGGCUUCGGUCAGACCCUCGUAGUCCUACUGUGGAGAAGCAACAAGGACCUGCACCAGUGUGGAAAAAGCUGAAAGACUCGAGCUGGGGGACACGUCGUGACUUCAGCUGGGAUGCCAACUACUGAGACGAAGUUCAAAUAAUGAAUGUAUGAUGAUCAACAGUCGAUUGGUAAAGUUGCCUAUUUACAGUUUCGCCUCAGAUUGUCACCCCCGAUGCAGGAUGUCGUUUUAAUCACACAUUAAAAAUCCCGGGGACAUAUUAGUUAAGCAAUUGUGUAAAUAUCAUAAUUCACCGCUCCGUAUUUGUUGGGUUUUGUUUUUUUUUUUUAAAUCUCGUUUUCCAGGAUACAACUAAACCACUGUCACUCUCCUGUAUAUGAAAAGAAGUUGUAAAUGGUGUCAAUAACAAAUUUUCUUUUGUAAAAGAAAGGUUUUAAUAAGAGGUUUAUGGUAACACUCUAUUUUCUUUUCCUGUUUAAUUUCUGAUGUAAAUGAAAGAUGUGUAAUAUAGAAAUUGUCACCUUAAUAAAUUAAAUCCAAAAAUGC